GCUGAGAGCCCUUUUUGAUUGCGAGCGGCCGUAGUGGAGCAGAGGCGGCGGCGCGGGACCUGCAGUCGCCCGGGAUUCCCUCCAGGUGACGAUGCUCUGGUUCUCCGGCGUCAGGGCUCUGGCUGAGCGUCCCUGCCGGCGCUCGCCUGGGAUUACCUGCUGCGUCUUGCUGCUGCUCAAUUGCUCGGGGGUCCCCAUGUCUCUGGCUUCCUCCUUCUUGACAGGUUCUGUUGCAAAAUGUGAAAAUGAAGGCGAGGUCCUGCAGAUUCCGUUCAUCACGGACAACCCCUGCAUAAUGUGCGUCUGCCUGAACAAGGAGGUGACCUGUAAGAGGGAGAAGUGCCCCGUGCUGUCGAGAGACUGCGCCCUGGCCAUCAAGCAGCGGGGAGCCUGCUGCGAGCGCUGCAAAGGUUGCACGUACGAAGGGAAUACGUACAACAGCUCCUUCAAGUGGCAGAGUCCUGCGGAGCCCUGUGUCCUGCGCCAGUGCCAGGAAGGCGUCGUCACCGAGGCUGAGGUGCGAUGCGUCGUUCACUGUAAGAACCCUUCCGAGCCCCCGGGAGCAUGCUGUCCCACGUGUCCAGGCUGCGUGUUUGAGGGUGUGCAGUACCGAGAAGGGGAGGACUUCCAGCCAGAAGGAAACAAAUGCACCAAGUGUUCCUGCAUCGGAGGCAGGACACGGUGCGUGCGAGAAGUCUGUCCCAUUCUCUCCUGUCCUCGGCACCUCAGCCACGUCCCCCCAGGACAGUGCUGCCCCAAAUGCUUGGGUCAGAGGAAAGUGUUCGAUCUCCCCUUUGGAAGCUGCCUCUUUCGCAGUGACGUUUACGACAACGGAUCCUCAUUUCUCUACGAUAACUGCACUGCGUGCACCUGCAGGGACUCCACCGUCGUGUGCAAGAGGAAGUGCUCCCGCCCCGGCAGCUGCGACAAGGGCACGGAGGCCUGCUGUGAGGAGUGCCUCCUGCGUGUGCCCCCGGAGGACAUCAAAGUGUGCAAGUUUGGCAGCAAGAUUUUCCGGGAUGGAGAGAUGUGGUCCUCUGUGAAUUGCACCAUCUGCGCUUGCGUAAAAGGCAGGACGGAGUGUCGCAAGAAGCAGUGCGCUCCCAUCAGCAGCUGCCCGCAGGGUAAAAUUCUCAACAGAAAAGGAUGCUGUCCUAUUUGCACUGAAAAGCCCGGCGUCUGCACGGUUUUCGGAGAUCCCCACUACAACACUUUUGACGGACGGACAUUUAACUUUCAGGGGACGUGUCAGUACGUUUUGACGAAAGACUGCUCCUCCCCUGCCUCGCCCUUUCAGGUGCUGGUGAAGAACGACGCGCGCCGGACCCGCUCCUUCUCCUGGACCAAGUCGGUGGAGCUGGUGCUGGGCGCCGGCACCGUCAGCCUCCAGCAGCACCUGACUGUGCGCUGGAACGGCUCGCGCAUCGCGCUGCCCUGGCGGGCGCCGCACUUUCACGUGGACCUGGACGGCUACCUCCUGAAAGUGACGACCAAAGCAGGUUUGGAAAUAUCCUGGGAUGGAGACAGUUUUGUGGAAGUCAUGGCCGCCCCCCAUCUCAAGGGCAAACUCUGUGGUCUCUGUGGCAACUACAAUGGACAUAAGCGCGAUGACCUGAUCGGUGGAGAUGGAAACUUCAAGUUCGACGUGGACGACUUCGCCGAGUCCUGGCGGGUGGAGUCCAAUGAGUUCUGCAACAGACCGCGGAGAAAGCCGGCGCCCGAGCUGUGCCAGGGCGCGGUGAGGGUGAAGCUGCGAGCCCACCGGGAGUGCCAGAAACUCAAGUCCUGGGAGUUUCAGCCCUGCCACUCGACGGUGGACUAUGCGACCUUCUACCGGUCCUGCGUGACAGACAUGUGCGAGUGUCCAGUCCACAAGAACUGUUACUGCGAGUCGUUCCUGGCGUAUGCCCGGGCCUGCCAGCGCGAGGGCAUCGGCGUCCACUGGGAGCCUCAGCAGAGCUGCGCGGCCACCCAGUGCAAGCACGGGGCCGUGUACGACACCUGUGGCCCGGGGUGCGCCAAGACCUGCGACAACUGGAACGAGAUCGGCCCGUGCAAUAAGCCGUGCGUGGCAGGCUGCCACUGCCCUGCCAACUUGGUCCUUCACCGGGGGAGGUGCAUCAAGCCAGUCCUUUGUCCUCAGCGGUGACCCUUGCUCAGCAGCUUGAGACUUUGAACCCUGGCGUUGUUGACACUGAGGUGGAGGAGCCGAUGAAGGACUGCGGCAUCUGCGUGCCGACCCUGCAAACACGCUCGCACGGAGUACAUAUGUGUACAUAUAUAGAGACAUAGAUAUAUUCAGAAACAUUUCAUCAUUUAUAUAAACUAUAGGUGGAUUAUUAUAUGUAUAUUUUUUGCUAUAAGACAUGUAUUGUUUCUAGAACCCUAAUCUGUAAGCCGUUGGAUACAGUGUACAAAUAAACCAGGUGUGUUUAAUUUAACAAGGCGGCACGCAGACACCUCGGAGGGCUCAAACAUCACCUGCGCUGUCAUCUUUAAGGAAGUUUUCUAAAAUCCCUGAAUUGCCUGCCUGCGUUAAUUUUAGCUUUGAAUCAGGGUCUGCAGGGGAGUGAGAAAUGUGUCUCUCUGGAGAAGGGCAGACUAGUCUAGGGGCGCUCCAGGAUUCCAAAGAAAGGGGUGCAUGCUUGGGAGAGGCAGCCGGUGCUUGGCGACUGUCCCUAAUGGUGCCUGCAAAGCGAGGCGCAGGGUGUCAGAGUCUAUUGGGACAUGGUGUGACAUUAUUUCCCAAACCGAUGGGCUAGUUGCCAAGAAAUAAUGUACUUGCCACCAGAGCGUCACCAAAGAAUCAAGCCGCUUCUUACCGUCCUUGCGCAUUCCCUGUGUCUCCUCCUUACACACGUGCGUGCGGUGGACAGGCGUGCUCGCACGUCACACCCUGGGACAAAGGGGCUCUCUGAGGGACACGUGGGUUUCACUGAGCACGAGCAGAGAUUUGGAAAAACGUGCACAGCGCAGGGGGAAAAUAGCGGUUUCUCUGAACCUCAGCUAUUUAGGAUGGGCAAAUCCGAUGAGCCGGUGCAAGCCGUCUGCAUUCUGUGGUGGUUGUGUUUGCGAAGUGACAGCCUUUCAUUACUCCUGGGGGAUUCCCAGGUCAGUGCUACUUGGUGACUGUCUGUACGUCGUAAUUAUUGGACGGAAAGAAGACCCUCCCUGACCAGCUGAUUUAUUAGUCCUAACAAAGAAUGGUCCGUGUACUUGCUCUGACGUCCUCGUAGGUUACGACUAGUCACCAUGUGAUUUCCCUGACCUGUUUUCAGCCGAAGGAGUGAAAAUGUCAACAGCACAGAACCCACCAGUGUCUAAAAAUAAAAUGUUCUGCAGUGAAGUAAAUAAAGGGCUUAAGACC